AUCCGAAAAGGACCUGAGUGGGCUGGAGGUCGCAAACUCCGGAGCUCCCGGAGGCGGAGAUUCGACCCCUGUCCGGGAGCCGGACCCUGGCGGAGCGAGAAUGCCUCCGAGGCCUCCGACGGCGGCGCCCCAGGAAUCAGUGACAUUCAAAGAUGUGUCUGUGGACUUCACCCAGGAAGAAUGGCACCACAUCAACACUGCUCAGAGGAGCUUAUACAGGGAUGUGAUGCUGGAGAACUACAGCCACCUGGUUUCCAUUGGAUAUCAAGUUCCCAAGCCAGAGGUGAUCUUCAAAUUGGAGCAAGGAGAAGAGCCAUGGAUAUCAGAGGGAGAAAUCCAAAAGCCUUUCUGUCCAGACUGGAAGACCAGGCCUGAAGCCAAAUCAUCAUAUCUGCCGCAGAAUGUAUCAGAAGUAUCCCAUAGCACAGAUAAUUUCUCAUGUGCCACAUUAGAAGACUCCUGCGAUGUUAACAGCCAGUUAGAGAGGCACCAGGAAAAGUGGAAGAAACAUCUGGAGCCAGAGACACCCACCCAGAAGAAAAUAGUCACACUACAAGAAAGCUUUGAGCAAAAUAAAUUUGGUGAAAACUCUAAGUUGAACACAGAUCUGAUUACACAACUGAACAUUCCUUUGAGAGUAGGGCUUAGUGAAUGUGAGACUCUUGGAAGCAAUUCAGGACAUAAUUCAGACUUAGUUAAUCAGAACAAUAUCCUUCCAAAAAAGAAACCCUAUAAAUGUAAUAAAUGUAGAAAAGCCUUUAUUCAUAGAUCAUCACUUACUAAACAUGAGAAAACUCACAAAGGAGAGGGAGCUUUCCCCAAUGGUACAGAUCAGGGAAUUUAUCCUGGAAAGAAACACCAUGAAUGUACUGACUGUGGGAAAACCUUCCUGUGGAAGACACAGCUUACUGAGCAUCAGAGGAUUCACACUGGGGAGAAACCCUUUGAAUGCAAUGUCUGUGGAAAGGCCUUCAGGCAUAGCUCAUCCCUUGGUCAACAUGAGAAUGCUCACACAGGAGAGAAACCCUAUCAGUGUAGUCUCUGUGGGAAAGCUUUCCAGCGCAGCUCUUCCCUUGUUCAACACCAGAGAAUUCACACUGGAGAGAAGCCCUAUCGAUGUAAUCUAUGUGGGAGGUCCUUUAGGCAUGGCACAUCCCUCACUCAGCAUGAGGUCACACACAGCGGAGAGAAGCCCUUCCAAUGUAAAGAAUGUGGGAAAGCCUUCAGUCGAUGUUCUUCCCUUGUCCAACAUGAGAGGACUCAUACUGGAGAGAAACCUUUCGAAUGUAGCAUAUGUGGGAGGGCUUUUGGUCAGAGCCCAUCCCUUUACAAACAUAUGAGGAUUCAUAAGAGAGGUAAACCUUACCAAAGCAAUAACUACAGCAUAGAUUUUAAGCAUAGCUCAUCUCUUAAGCAAGAUGAAGGCACUGUCACUGAAGUAAAAUCCUAUCAUUGUGAUGACUGUGGGGAAGAUUUCAGUCACAUUACAGACUUUACUGACCAUCAGAGGAUCCAUUCUGGAGAGAACCCCUAUGAUUGUGAACAGGCCUUUAGUCAACAACCUAUUUCUCAUCCUGGAGAGAAACCAUAUCAAUGUAAUGUAUGUGGAAAAGCUUUCAAAAGGAGUACAAGUUUCAUAGAGCAUCACAGAAUUCAUACUGGAGAAAAACCCUAUGAGUGUAAUGAGUGUGGAGAAGCUUUCAGUAGACGUUCAUCACUUACUCAACAUGAGAGGACCCACACUGGAGAAAAACCCUAUGAAUGUAUAGACUGUGGGAAAGCCUUCAGUCAAAGUUCAUCUCUAAUUCAGCAUGAGAGAACUCAUACCGGAGAGAAACCCUACGAAUGUAAUGAAUGUGGACGAGCCUUCCGAAAGAAAACCAACCUGCAUGAUCAUCAGAGAAUUCAUACUGGAGAAAAACCCUAUUCUUGUAAGGAAUGUGGGAAAAACUUUAGCCGAAGCUCAGCUCUUACUAAACACCAGAGAAUUCAUACACGAAAUAAAUUUUAGGAACCCUGAAAUGAAGGAAUGUGUAGAAUGCUUUAGCUAAAAUAUUGUUCUGAUUUGAAGUCAGAAGAUUUUUAAUGGAGAGAAAGCUUGAGAAUGUGAUGAGCUAUGUGUGUGUUGUGUGUGGAGAAAAACUAUGCCAGUCAACAAUUUAAUUUAAUAAAAGCCACAUUCUCAUUACAGACUGUUGUAAAACAACUACAAAUACCCUAUGUAGCCAGUUAAAAAUGGUAUGCCUAUAUAUUGGCCUUUAUAAAGCAUCUGACUAUAUGCAGGAGAUCACCACAUUUCAAUAGCUUGACUUGUAAUUCCCAUUGUUGUCAGCCUUUUAAAACAAUAAAACUCCUGCAAAAUAACCAACACUUAUUUCUAAAAUUGUUUGACAACUGCAGCUCUUACAUUAAUCUCACCAAGGAAACUGAUUCCACCUCCAGGAAUUUACCAUUCAAAGAAUUAGGUCAACUAGCCUAUUUCUUUGUAGGCUUCAUUGCACAGAUGAAGAUACUAAAACCAAAGAUGUAAAGUGGUUUGCACAGUGUGAUACAUGUAACUUACCAUGGCAAAACUGGGUUGAGCAUUCAGGUUUCCCAGAUCUUUGGCCCCAUGGUCUUGCCAUUGAAAAGGUAUUUUGGAAUUCAGAGGACUUUAAAAUUAUUAUUUUUUUGAGACAGUCUCAUUCUGCCACCCCAUGUAGAGUGCAGUAGUGUCAUUGUAGCUUACUGCAACCUCAAACUCCUGAGCUCAAGUGAUCCUUCUGUCUUAGCCUCCCAAGUAGCUGGGAAUACAGGAAUGCACCAUAGCACGCAGCUAAUUUUUCUAUUUUUAGUAGAGAUAGGGGUCUCACGUUUCCUUGGGCUGUUCUCCAACUCCUAACCUCAACAGUCUUCCUGCCUGUCCCUCCCAGAGUAGUAGGUUUACAGGCAUAAGACGCCAUGCCCAGCCUAAAGUAAAUUUUAAGUUAUGUCAGAUACCCAAACAUUUAAUGAGCACUUAUGGGUUGGAGCCUUCUGGAAUUCCUAAAAACAUGAGAGGCAGCAACAUGUAUGCAAAUUUGUCACUAUUUAUAGUAACUUCUUGGAAGCUUGCAACCAAAUAACAGAAACUGUAGAUAAACUACUGGUAACAUUUUCCCUUUCCCAAUUGUAAUUAUACUUUCAGCUAAUAUAUGUCAGAACUAAUCUUCUGAUUGUGCUUUUUCUGGCAUGCCCAUGUAAAAGCACUGCCCCAAACUUUCUGUAUCAGUGGGGAAAUGACACAAAACUAAGUGGAAAAUGUUUCCCAUUUAAUACUACUAUAGAAAAGUCCAAUUAUCAUUGCCAUCAAUUUUGUCAGAGAAACACUAUAUAUUUGGCUUGUUUUGUGUGCAAAGGUAAUAUUUCACCAUUAUAUAAAAAAAAAGUCAGCUUAUUUUAGCUCUCUUCUGCCUUUCCAUUAGUAAAGCAUGAGCUAAGCUUCAGUGGCAUGCUCCAUCCCCUCAUGCCCCCCAUGGACUAUCCUAAAGGAAUUUUCAGAACCUCUGUUGUUUCAUCACAUUGCAGAGAAAUUUGGAAGCUAUUGUGGAUACUGGCCCCCUUUAUACAAGAGCCUCUCCCCUCAAGACAGGCAAAGGUUUCUGGCCCUAAUUAUGAAUCAUGGAGUGAAAUGGUAUCAGUGGUGCUGAUGGUGAACCUUUGCUAUUGGCUUCUUUUCAUGCCACAUAGUGGCAUCCAUUACCCUUCUCUCAUCCUGCGUGGCAUGAGGCACCUCCCAAGCAUUCUUCCUCAUUCUUUGCCAGGAAGAAUGUACAUGGAGCUGAAAUGUGGUAUGUGUGCCAGUGAGCCUAUACUUGUGAAGCCAUGAAGCAAGAUGGGCUAUUUCAUAGCAGAUCUUCCAGAACAUACCCUUCCAAGAUAUUAACCACUAAAAAAAAAAAUCUUGUUUAUGAUGCUCCAAGCUUAGCUCUCACACAGUGCCAAGGCCAUGCUUAUGUUGUCUGAUAUAUAGUUGACAAUGGGUAAUUCUACUCAGACCCUCCCCUACUGAUUGGCUGGGAUGAUGGUCAGAAACUCAUUUUGCUGCUGGUUGUUUGGGGAUCUCCAUAAUGGACUACAUGCAGGAAUGGCACAAAUUGUAACCAAUUGAGUCUUGCUCCACUGUUAUGGAGGUUUAUAAAAACUUGACCUAAAGGGACCACUGGGGUGUGUGUGUGUGUGUGUGUGUGUGUGUGUGGCCUGGAUCCAGCCAGCACAUUUUCACUGACAAGGAGGGAGCCCAGGAUGUAUGUGUGGCUGAUUGAGCAGACAUACACCUUGCACUUACACAUACCCUUUGGAAGCUACAGAAAAUGCAUGCUUGUAACAUCAUCAUAUCCUUUCAAUAAAUAGCCU